AUCCGCCUGUUGUAUAGCUGCUAGCAACAUAAGGUACAUUGAUAAACGCCAGAGAGAGCGGAAUUCCGGGAGUUAAAUUCUUCGGUUUCAGUCCCAGCUCCAGGACAGGUGUUUGUGUCAGUGAGCUCCAUAACAGCCACCUCCAUCUCCCUCUCCUGGAGUGUGUCCAGUGGGAGGGUGGCCAGUUGGGAGGUGGUCUGGAGACCCACUGACAGAGGCACUGAGAGCACCAGUGGUCCUCUGUCUGGCACUACCUACACCAUCCACCAGUUGGACCCCUCCACUAUCUACACACUCACUGUAUCAGCCACUAAUGUAGCUGGAACCACUGACAGCACUCCCAUACUUGUCUCCACCGUUCCUACAGUGUCUGAGAUUCUCCAAGCAGAAAAUAUUGAUACCACAUGUUCAGAGAGUGGUGCGACCAUUGGUGGAGUGGUAGGGGCUGUAUUGAUCAUUGCUGCAGUGACCCUCGUUCUACAUGUGGCGAUAGCUCUGCUACUGAGACGUCAGAGAGGCAACUACUCCACCUCUGCCAAGAGGAGGCAUGCUUAAUACUCCUCACUCACCACAACCUAUUCUAUGUAUGCCGUACACACACAGAAGUGAGAUGGUGGAUGCUCCUGGAUCUGCUGCUACAGUUCUAGAACUCUCCAAGAUAUCAGACGAAACUUACGCAAGUCCGUUCCAGACCACCAGUAAUGAGGCCUACAAUGUAGUGAGAGGGACUGGAAGGACAGCUGAAGUUGAAUAUGAAGUACCACAAAACCUUCCUCCCCCCACCUCAUCGUCCCGACCUGCAGCUGGAGACAACACUCUAUGAACCUGUCUGACACUGACACUCUGUGUGUAUAAAUGACGUGGUAGCUGAAGUAUUAUAUUUUGUCUUCACCUUUGUUUUUACUCGUUUUUAAGAUUGCUCUUUCAAUUGCCAUUUGACAUAGUUUUUUUAUAUCACUCGUAGAAGAUACACUGUGUCAACCACCCCACACCCACUAUGAUAACAGUAGUACAAAUGGAAAAUGAACACACAGGAGUCAAGAACAGAGAUCAGUUCCCGGCUGAAGUGGUGGAGGCCUACAAGUACACGUUCUCCAGGCCAGGAGGGCUCACUGGACCCAUUAACUACUAUCGUGCCAUGUUCUCAUCUCCCAAGGACAGCUUGCCUCGCGAGAAGUGGACAAUUUCUGUCCCAACUCUCAUCAUAUGGCUGGGGGUCUCCCAGUACGUCAAUGUAUGUGUUGGGUCUGAUCUUCUCGGCAAAGGCCAGCACCACGUGGAGGUCUCCGUCACUCUCCAGAGACAGCAACAAACACUGCUGGAUAUGCUGAAAGACACAAACACAGUGGGGUCCUCGGAAUACUCCUUCAACCAUCUCACUGCAGACAUUGUCGAACUCAUCCCCGCCCUCGGCCACUCCUCUUGCGUCCUCGUCGGCCACGACUGGGGAGGCGUGGUCUCAUGGAGAGUAACUCAGAGGUAUCCGGAGUUGGUUGAUAGACAUAUUGUCCUGAACUGUCCUCAUGGAAGGGUGUUCAAGAAGUUCCUUGAGAAUAGCUGGACACAGUUGAGGAGAUCUUGGUUCAUAUUCUUGUUCCAGAUCCCGAGACUGCCUGAGGCUCUGAUCAGUCUCCAGGACUACCAGUUUCUGGAGCAACUCUUCACCAGCCACACCUCAGGAGUCAAGAACAGAGAUCAGUUCCCGGCUGAAGUGGUGGAGGCCUACAAGUACACGUUCUCCAGGCCCGGAGGGCUCACUGGACCCAUUAACUACUAUCGUGCCAUGUUCUCAUCUCCCAAGGACAGCUUGCCUCGCGAGAAGUGGACAAUUUCUGUCCCAACUCUCAUCAUAUGGGGAGAUGAUGAUCACGUGCUGCAGAGAGAGAUGGCAGACUGCCACGACACCAUCUGCUCUGACCUGACUGUGAAACAUAUUCCCAACUGUAGUCACUGGGUCCAGCAAGAUGUGCCGGACCUCUGCAACCAGUACAUGACUGACUUUCUCUCUACUAAAUCUGUUUCAAUGUAGUUUAUGUGUACUACUGUUGGACAUUACACAUCUUGUUAUUUUAAAGAUGCUAG